GGUUCUAUUUUAUGGACAAUGUUUAUUGCAGAGGCAAUGAGUCGCGUCUGGCUGACUGCCAGUUUGACGGAUGGGCCCGUCAUGAUUGCAGUUACGGUGAGGAUGCCGGGGUCCAGUGCGCCCAGUUGGCGGCUCCCAAGGAAAAGACAUCUUGGAACCCCCUGAAGCUUAAGUAUGAUGAGGAGACGCUAAACAAGAUGCGAAAGGUACCAUUUUCCGUGGAAUCAGCCCCGGCUGUUGGGUGGGUCUUUCGGCCGCUUGAAUAUGUCCGUUCAAUAGAAGAGAAACCUGCUGCUCGCAUCCUCAUUAUAAAUCCACAUUCCGACGAGCAGCUUUCGGGCGGGGUUUGCCCAGACCACUUCACCACUAUCGACGCCAUCGUCGCCUGCAAACAAAUCAAUCACGGCAUUGGAGGGAAAGUCAUUGAGGUACCAAUGCCCGAGGAUCUAACGUCGACGGGACGCAACGUGGCGAUAAUAGGCCAUUGUUACGGAAACGAGACCGAUUUGAGUCAAUGCUUUGCGUACAUUGAUGAAAAUGGCGUUCAAUGUCAGUCUAACAAAACAGUAGCAAUCGAAUGCAGAAGCACACUACCGGAUCUGAGACCGGACGUGGAGGCAAUGAGACGAUCCGUCUACUUACAGAGACGAACACUUUGGCAGUUAGAGUGCGCGCUUGAAGAGAACUGUUUCCCAAACAGCGUGUAUACUUUCAUUGCGAACAAUCCAAAUCGAUAUCAAUGGGCAAGGAGAACACUGCUUCGCUUUAGUUCCAUCACAAAGAACGUUGGAACGGCACCUUUCUUGCCUAACCUUAUUCCAGACCACUGGGAGUGGCAUCCCUGCCAUGCGUACGUCAAUAUGCAUAUUAUCAUUACUAUAUUCUUGUCAUUGUCUUGGCAAGAGAGUAGGUGCUAG